AUGAGUUCAGGCGUGGGAUUUCGGGGCGAAUUAGGCUCGUCUAGCAUGUCUUCUGGGUUUUUGACUGUGGAAGACGAGAAAGAAAGAGGUACAGGUGCUGUAACCUUUUCUAGGGUGUCCAAAACCUACAUUGCGUCUUCUUCUAUUUUAAAGGAGAGGAAGAUUUUGACCACACUGGCCACAACACACCCUGAUGCUUUAGACUGGAGCUCAAGCACAGACUCAUCUCCAGAGUAUUCCAGGAAAGAUUAUGGCUCCUCAAAGGCAACGUCACUUUCCACCACACGAGGACGAACUUUAUGCUGCCCUCUGGUGGGCAAGUCGCAUACAACAGAAGGCGCUGCAUCCAUUGACAGUGAGAGUGAGAUUCGAGCUAGGCUUCAGAGGGCUUCUCCCCCAGCAAUUUGGACGGAACUGGGUGAUGUGAAGCGUCUGCUGAGAGGAAACCAGUCCAAGAGCACCACCACUAUUCAGUCCACGGAAAACUCCUUGCCCAUCCCUGACAAGGCCAGUGUGGAAACUAGAACCACGUCUGAGAGCCCUAGCACCAGCACCAUUCCGUUUCCUAACUACUCAUUGAUCAUCCCCAAGAAGCCCAGUGUAGACACUCAGAUUAUUUCUGAGAGUACUAGCACUAUUCAGCCGAUUUUCAACUCACGGGUUGUCCCUAACAACACUAGUGUGGAAAUCAGGAUCGGAACAGAAACUUCAAAAUCAGGUUUGCCCACUGCUCCUGAUCACUAUGGUGGUGUUAUGCCUGGAAAUGUUAGCAGUGUCAACAGCAGCUACAGCUACAGCACAAACCCCAGCGACCUAACCACCACAUCUACCAUUUACCACUCAGGAGUGGGGGAAGGGGGAAUUGGAAAAAUAGGGGUUGGGGGAGGUGUUCAGAACAAUAUGGCCUUCAGCUCUGCCCCUGAGCAGAGCGGACUAUCCGUCAGCAGCACUGUGACAGUGUACGGCGCUCAGAAUAACAUCAUCAGUAACACCAGUCCUGCAGUCGACUGUCCUGCUGCAAACAAUCCACAAAUAGUUUAUGGUGUGCAGAAAAAUGUCUCUUCUCCUGAAAUAAGUACAACUACAGUUCGUCCCAGUAGUCCUUCGGCUGAUGAGACUUUGGGCAAAGAUUUUAAAUUCACAAUGAUCGAAAAGGACAAUACAGCUGUGAAGAAGGAGUCAGAGCGACUGGUCAUGACCAAAGACACGGGCAAGCAAUUCAUGUCGACUGCUCCUGCAACUUCUACAAUCUCUUCUGCUACCUCCUCAGACGAUUCACUGACGAGAGAGGAGCAAAAACCUACUUCGAGACUCAUGAAUGACAAAAGUGCAGCUAAAGGUCCUGCCCUGAAAUUUGGUUCGAAAGAUGAAGAUGGCUGUGCAGACAUGUGUUAUGAUGGCCCAUGUUUCGUCUUGAGACGGUGCUGCCGCUGCAGUUGGUGGAAGUGGCUCCUAGGCCUCCUAUUCGGCCUCCUUCUUCUUCUUGGUCUGCUCUUUGGACUCAUUGCUUUGAGUCAGGAAGUGAAACGUCUCAGGAAGCGAGUUAAAGCUCUGGAAGCUGGAAGUACCACAUCAGCAAGGAUUGCUCCUCCCCCUGGCUCCUCAUGCAUCAAUAUUGUUGAUCCCCUGGAUUCCAAGAACACUAACAGGAGUUGUUCAGGUUCCACACUGACCCAGUCUGAUAACAGAAUCUUCUCUGAAGACUUACAGAAAACUAUCCAACUGCUGAUUAGAGCUGAACUACACUCUGGUGUUUAUAGAGACUCACUAAAAGGAGCGAAAGGGGACCCUGGUAUAAAAGGUGAUCCAGGUGUUAUUGGGCUUCAAGGUGCUGUGGGAUUUCCUGGCCAACCAGGUCCUCCUGGACGAGUGGGCAACCCAGGAACUGAAGGACCCAUGGGUCCAAAAGGAAGCACAGGUGAUCCAGGCCCUCAGGGAUUACAAGGUCAGAAGGGCAUGGAUGGGCUGAUGGGCCACCGAGGAGAUCCUGGUCCACCUGGCUAUGGAAUUAGAGGAGAAAGAGGGUAUCCUGGUGAUCCAGGAAGAGCUGGGGCUCCUGGACAAGUGGGGCAGAGAGGUGCUCCAGGUCCGAAGGGUUACCAGGGUGAUCAUGGAUAUCCAGGAGAAAAAGGAACACCAGGCUUGCCAGGAGUCAAAGGGGACAAGGGAGAGAGGGGACUGCUUGGCUCAACAGGUGAACCUGGAAGAGAUGGAGAAAAAGGAUCCAAGGGAAUUGCAGGCGGUGAAGCUUUCGUGGAAACUACUGGUCUUAGAGGUCCACCUGGGCCUCCUGGAGUUGAUGGUCGUCCAGGUGCUCAAGGUAUUCAAGGUCCACCAGGUAUUGCUGGAAUUCCAGGACAGCCUGGUGCAAAAGGUGAAAUGGGUCCAGCUGGUCAAGUCAUUCCUCCAGUUGGCUCCCAAACGGUAGCCCUCCCUGGACCACCAGGACCAUCUGGACCUCCUGGUCCACCUGGAGUUCCUGGUUUAUCUGGACCACCAGGAGGCCGAGGAGAGAAAGGUCAGUCUUCAUCAGCUAGAUUUACUGGCCCACCUGGACCUCCAGGGCCUCCAGGUCCUCAAGGACCUCCUGGUGAGACAAGACAAGGUCAUCCUGGGCGUAGAGGUCCGCCUGGAGAGCCAGGUAUAGGAGUACCUGGACCCGCGGGGCCACAAGGAGAACCUGGCAACUUUGUACCUUCAUCUGAAACCUUUUUGACAGGACCACCAGGAUAUCCUGGAGUCCAGGGCCCGAAGGGUGAUCAAGGACUUCGAGGUUACCAAGGAGAACCAGGUCAGCCAGGGUUGCCAGGAAUACGAGGAGAACCAGGUGAUUCAGGAUGCUGUGGAGUCUCCCUUGAGGGCACAUCAAGACGAGGACCGCCCGGGCCUCCCGGACCACCCGGUGCACCUGGAAGAGAUUGGAGUGCAUCAUGUUCAAGUAACAUGGCCCAGUACAUUGCCGAGUACAUUCAAAAUGGGAACCUUAAGCAGUACCUCAUAGGACCUCCGGGGCCUCCUGGACCUCCAGGUGCCACAUUGGUGGAUGAUGUUGCAAACCGAGUCAUCGCAUAUAUGCAAAGUCAGGGCAGAGGAUUUGGUGGAACUCUUGUUUUGGGUGCUGAAAGUGGUUCCAUUUCUGUCGAUGACCUCAUCACCCUUUUACAACGAGAGGAUGUGAGAAGAUAUGUUGCUGGCCCUCCUGGUCCACCGGGGCCAGCUGGAGCACCAGGUCAUGGAAGCUUUAGAUUUUGCAUGCAGGAUGUGGCUGAACGUGUCCUCACUCUGAUGAAAGACAGGGGUAUGGUAGGUGUAUCUGGACAAGAAAAUGGGGUGUCAAGGGAGUACCAUACUGCUGUUGGGCCCCAGGGGCCACCUGGUGUGCCUGGUCCACCUGGACCACCUGGACAACCUGGACCACCAGGAAAUAUAAACUACAUGAGCUCAGAUGUCCAGGAAUACUUGCAAAGUAUUGUUGGUAGAGGCCUUCCAGGUCCACCUGGCCCUCCUGGGCCCAUGGGUCCACCUGGUCCAAUCUCUGAAAUUUCCUACAAUGGCGGCACCAACAGUGAAACAAUUAGACCAGAUAGAUGGGAAUAUGUCAGCAGUGACAAGACAAGAGGAGGUAUGUUUGGCAUUCCUGGACCACCGGGCCCUCCAGGACCCCCUGGAGAGAAGGGAGAUUCAGGUGUAUCUGGUGGUGGGAACUGGAACGUGGAUACUGGAGACUACUCCAAUAUGGCUGUCAGAGUGACUGAUUAUAUCAAAUCCCAUGGCCUGCUCCGGGAUGCUAUGAGGGAUUCUGGUGGUGUUGGCCAAGGGCCUCCAGGACCUCCUGGUCCUCCAGGAACUCCUGGACACAGCCAGUGGUUUGGUAAUGAAGAUAAUGUUGUGAAUGUGGUGGAGUACCUUAAAUCCCAAGGUCUGUUGUAUGACUCCGGAAGGGAUCAAUAUGGCCAUGCUGGGCAAGGACUCAGAGGACCACCAGGACCCCCAGGACCUCCAGGGUCCACCCGUUGGUAUGGUUCUCAGGGAAAUGCAACAGAGCUGGUGGAAUACAUAAGAUCCAAUGGUGUGUUACAUAACAUCAUCAGAGACUACACCAAUCAUGUAUUCCAAGGACCACAAGGACCUCCUGGCCAAAGUCGAGGAAUUGGCUCAGAUGACAAUUACACACACCUUGUGGAGUACCUCCAAUCACGUGGUCUGAUUGGUGACAGAAAAUGGGACAACUACGCUCGCACAGUUCAAGGGCCACCGGGUCUACCUGGGCCUCCAGGAGCCCCCGGUUACAGUCGAUUGUUUGGCUCCCAUGAAAAUGUCACCGAUAUAGUGGAAUUCAUCAGAACUCAUGGUGCCAUUGUCGGCGCAACAGGAAGACCAGGACAAAAGGGGGAAAUAGGAUUCCCAGGCUCAAAAGGAGACAGAGGUGACCGGGGUCCUCCAGGGCAACAAGGACCAAAGGGAGAAAUAGGUGAUUACUCCACAUUUUCAAGGCGAGCAAAGAGGCGUGUUGGUGUCUGA